UGGUAGUUCUGUGAGGCAAAGCCUUAGCAUGAACUGAAGUGAUUGGUGUGACUCAUGUAAUAGCAGCAAAUAUGAAAAGGGAGGACCGGGGAAGUGACUAUGAGUAAAGUGGACGUGAAAGUUGUUCUUUUGGGCAGUGAAUAUGUAGGUAAAACAAGUCUUCUUGAAAGAUAUGUCCACGACCGGUUUAGGAGUAAUCUCCCAUAUCAAAAUACCAUUGGCGCCGCCUUUGCAGCCAAGGUAGUGACUUUACGAGGGAAAAAAUUUACUGUUGGAGUGUGGGACACAGCAGGCAGUGAACGGUACGAGGCCAUGAGUCGCAUAUAUUACCGUGGAGCCAAAGCUGCUAUUGUAUGUUAUGAUAUUACUAACCGUGCUUCAUGGGAUAGAGCCAAAUUUUGGGUUAAUGAAUUAAGACGAUUUGAAGAGGACUGCAAAGUAUAUUUGUGCGGUACCAAAUAUGACACCGUUUCGGAAGGCACACCCCGACAAGUUGAAAUCGGGAUGGCGGAAAAAUAUGCAGAGGGCCUGCAAGCAAAUUUUAUAGAAACAUCAAGCAAAACUGGGUAUAAUGUUGAUAAGCUUUUUCAGAUGAUCGCUGAGGAUUAUCUAGACAGUCCGGAACCCAAUAAAAUUGAGGAGACAAUUACGCUCACUCAACUGAACAAGCGAAGAAACUGUUGUCCCUAAGUGUCAACAAAUUUUUCAAAUCCUCUGUCAGAAGAAUCCGUCUUAUCAUAAAGGCUGUGAAAAAUUAUAUAUUUUAUUACUGUAUGUGGAAGAGACAUUUUAUGUACCGCAUUAUGCAAUAUUUGUUCUAAAAGAGAGUAAUGUGGAUGGUACUUCAGAAGUUUUUGCUUUAAAUAGUAUUUUUAACAAUUGUUAUUCACAUGUUAUUUAUAAAAAGAUAUUUAUUAAAAUUAUUUUGCACAUUA